AUGGUCCGCCCGUCUUUCAAGAAUACCUCAACUGGCAUCGCCCCAGCAGCAGCCGUGCAAGCUUUGCCUGCGAAAGACCGUCAGCUUUUCCUGCGCAGCACCAGUCAGGAGUCUUUCGCCGGCCUCCGGCAUCCAGUGCCACGCAGUUGCUUGAAGUACAGCAGCCAGGGUCUCGGCCAGAUUCUUCACCUCGGCGAAAAACGUACCAUACAUGCAGGAGUUCCGCUGAAAGUUGCCGACCUGGCUCAGCGAAGCAUGUGCGAGUACACCUCCAACUUCCGCGAAGUGCCCCUGCUUGGCGCCGGCAUUGACCGUCAGUUGGCCGAGUCUUUCCGCGAAGCGAACAGGUCCUCGCAACGGCUUGCAGCCAUUCCCAGUGCCAAGAGCUCCUACACGGAGGCCUUUGGGCCGUUCACCCGCCAUGAGCAGCGCCAUGCGCGCCAGCCACCAUGCACACCUGCAGCGGACAGGAGGGCGGAGGACUCUAUCGGCUUUGGUUCCACAAAGAGCUCAGAGACGAGUUCGCUUGCACACAGCAGUCACGGGAAGCUUCCGUUGGACUUGCUCGAGACCACAUCGCGCCCAGUGGUAAAGGAUCAUUUGGGAGCUUCAGCGCAGGGCACGAAGUCAGCAUUCAGGACUACAUACCAGUCCCACUUCAAGCCUCAAACUGCGCCUGCAAGCUAUUGCCGACCGCUGCUCACGUCGCAGGUCAAGUUCUCCUGGGAAGAGAAGCGUGGCUCAGGAAGCAUCUCAGAAGUGUGA